GCGAGGUGACGGAGCGGAGUGACAGAGUUCGACAGACAGACAGACAGACAGACAGAGGAGAGUUUGUGUCGGUGUCUUUGACGGCGACAGACAGAAAGGUAGGACAGACAGGUGGGAUGUUGUCACACCGCUGACUCCACUUUCACCAUCCUCGGUUGUUUGACGGCGCUGGGAGCAGCACGGAGCGGGGACACGGAGCCCGGAGCAGGGACCGCACAGCGACUCAGCGACGCCCGGGAGAGGAGAGGGGACCAUGGGCUCCGCUUCGUCCUCCUACCGGGUUAUUUACCUGGACGUGGACGGCAGGAUUCAGAAGGUGGUGUUCAGUAGAUUCUGCAGCCCGUGUGACCUGAAGGAGCUGUUCUGUACAGCCAUGGGUGUGCAAAGGAACACUAAUCUGUCCCUGCUGGAUUCUUCUGGAGCCAUGGUGUCUAUCGACCCCACCAUGCCACACAACACAGAAAGGUCACCCUACCGAGUGGUGCCUAUGACUGGAGGACAGCUCGCUGAUAAAGAGGAACUCUUUCAGAAUGUACUGACGCAAGUAGCAGAGCAGUUUUCAAGAGCUUUCAAGAUCAAUGAGCUGAAGACCGAGGUCACCAACCGUCUUGCCAUGUUGGAGAAGAGAGUAGAGUUGGAGGGGAUGAAGGUGGUGGAGAUUGAGAAAUGUCGCAACGACAUCAAGAAGCUCCGUGAGGAGAUGGCAUCCAGAAACAACAGUACCUUCCUGGAAGAGAAUAAGAAGCUCAGUCCUCGCAGAGACGUGCCAUCCUACCCAAAGUACAUGCUGUCACAACACACCAUAGAAGCCCUCAAAAAACCCGCCUUCGACAUCUGGCUGUGGGAGGCCAACGAGAUGCUGAGCUGUCUGGAACAUAUGUACCAUGACCUGGGCUUGGUCAAAGACUUCAAUAUCAACCCUAUCACACUCAAGAGAUGGCUGCUUUGCAUUCAUGACAAUUACAAGAAUAACCCCUUCCACAACUUCCGGCACUGUUUCUGUGUCACCCAGAUGAUGUACAGCAUGAUCUGCCUCUGCAGCCUACAGGAAAAGUUCUCCCAGGUGGACGUUUUGAUUCUCAUGACAGCCGCUGUGUGUCAUGAUCUCGAUCACCCUGGAUUCAACAAUGCGUACCAGAUCAAUGCCAGAACAGAGCUGGCAGUUCGCUACAAUGACAUCUCCCCCCUGGAGAACCACCACUGUGCUGUGGCCUUUCAGAUCUUUUCUCAGCCUGACUGCAACAUCUUCUCCAACUUUGACCCCGAGGCCUUUAAACAGAUACGACAGGGAACCAUCACGUUGAUUUUGGCUACAGACAUGGCACGACACGGUGAGAUCCUGGACUCCUUCAAGCAGAAAGUCGACAGUUUUGACUACACAGAUGAGGAACACGUCACCUGUCUGAAGAUGGUGCUCAUCAAGUGCUGCGACAUAUCCAACGAGGUGCGGCCCAUGGAGGUGGCUGAGCCCUGGGUCGACUGCCUGCUGGAGGAGUACUUCAUGCAGAGUGACAGAGAGAAGGCUGAAGGACUUCCUGUGGCUCCGUUCAUGGACAGAGAAAAGGUCACCAAGCCAACAGCCCAGAUUGGCUUCAUCAAGUUUGUCCUCAUCCCUAUGUUUGAGACUGUGAUGAAGCUGUUCCCACAGAUUGAGGAGGCAAUGGUGCAGCCACUCAGAGAGUCAAGAGACCGAUAUGAAGAACUCAAACAGAUUGAUGACGCCAUGAACGAGGUGCAGAAAAAGAAAAGUGAGAACUUGACCAUGGGAGGGAAGAAGAAGUGAGACAUUUUGAAAAGCACCAGUGAGCAUAGAGCACAAGAGUGAAGCAGUAUGACGUCAAAGUCCCACAUUUGUCCCUUUAUGGUCUGAAAAGCUUUCCAUCACUUGUCCUCUCGUCACUUCUUUUUCUGGAAGAGCAACAGGAUAUGUGAUCUAGGAAAAUCAGUCAAUCUGUCACAGAAAUGUGAAGGAAUGGAUUUAAGACCAGAGCUCUGAGACAGCGUUACAAACUACUGAUGGACUCUAGGACCGGACAGACAAUCCAAAGCCUUUUUCAGGAAAUGUCAACAUUUGUACAGCACAGACUCCUUCAGUAAACAAUAUUUAGAGACAUAUCUGCAUUUUUUUAUUAUUUGAAACGUGUUGUUUUUUACAGAUUGUACAGAUUUAUAGUGACCUUUGUUCUUUCUUACAAAAAAUAAAAGGAUUACUUUAAUUACUAA